AUGUUCAUCCUAUUACGCAAAACCCAAAGCCAAGAAUCCGAAUCGGUUAGUCGAGAUUCUACACUCCCCUUUUUAACCAGAACUACCAGAGCCAAUCAUGACCACACUCGUUCCAAACCUGGUGCGAUCGAGGUGAUCGAAGAGAGCGGGACAAGACGACGUGAUUGGGUGAUCUCGAUAAGAGACAAGCUCGAUCAAGCAAAUAAAGACGAUGACAGAACUAGCUGGGGCAAGCUUUGUAUCUACAAAGUUCAGCAUUACCUACACGAAAAGGACAAUAAGUCGUAUUUUCCUCAGACGGUCUCGCUUGGUCCGUACCAUCAUGGGAAACCGCAACUCCACUCCAUGGAGUGCCACAAAUGGCGUGCGGUCAAUAAGGUCUUGAAACGUACAAGUCAAGUCAUUGAAACGUUUAUUGACGCCAUGACCGAUCUAGAGGAGAAGGCUCGCGCUUGCUAUGAAGGUCCCAUUAGUUUGAACACUUAUAAGUUCACAGAAAUGCUUGUUCUCGAUGGUUGUUUUGUUCUCGAACUCCUCAGAGGAGUCGAUGAAGGAUUCUUGAAACUCGGGUACGAUCGUAAGGAUCCAGUUUUCGCGAUUCGAGGAUCGAUGCAUUCGAUUCGACGUGACAUGCUAAUGCUGGAAAACCAACUUCCUUUGUUCGUACUAAACCGGUUGUUAGAGCUACAAAACCAAACCGGUUCAGUGGCACAGUUGGCAGUUCGGUUCUUUGACCCAUCAAGGCCAACGGCCGAGACAUCGGCCAAGGACACGCAGGCAAGAGGCGUAAUCAUUGACCCAUCAGCCGACUUGGGCGACUUGCACUGUCUCGAUGUUUUUCGUCGAAGUCUCCUCUUCCCUAAACCGGAGCCAAUGACAUCAGAAGAAGGAUUAGCUGACAAACGUUUACAACAAAUGAUUCCUUCUGUGACGGAACUAAGACACGCCGGUUUUCAGUUCCGGAUGAGAGAAACCGACCGGUUUUGGGAUAUUAAAUUCAACAACGGCUAUCUAGAAAUACCUACUCUACAUAUCCAUGACGGUACCAAAUCUCUCUUCUUGAAUCUCAUAGCUUUCGAGCAGUGCCAUACCGACUUAAGCAAUGACAUAACAUCCUACAUAAUUUUUAUGGACAAUCUAAUAGAUUCUCCUGAAGAUAUUAGCUACUUGCAUCACCGUGGUAUCAUCGAACACUCACUAGGGAGUGAUUCUGAAGUUGCGGAUAUGUUUAACCAGCUAUGUCAGGAAGUGGUUUUCAACACCAAUGACGAUUAUUUAUCUCAAUUGUUGACUGAAGUUCUUCAAUCUUAUAAUCAGAACUGUUUCAGAAAGUGGAAUGCUUGGAAGACAACCUUGAAACACAAGUACUUUGAUAACCCUUGGGCAUAUUUAUCUUUCUUUGCUGCAGUUUUUUUGCUAGUUCUCACAUUUUCUCAAACUUAUUUUGCGGCUUAUGACUAUUUUAAGCCAGCUUCUUAA